ACGGGUGCGUCAUGCAUAUACGCCCUUCUGGGAGCAAAACAAUGUGGAUGGCGAUUUUUGGCCACAGAAUCUGACGAGUAUGCCGCAAAAGUGGCAUCGGGUAACGUUCGAAACAAUCAACUCAUCGAUUUGAUUGAAGUGGUGAAGGUUCGAGAUGACCGUUUAAUAAAAGAUCUUGUGCGUGGUUACGGUAAUCUGGAGUUCACGUUUUGUAUGUGCAAUCCUCCAUUUUAUGGUGAAGAUGAAGCUGAAACGCUUGAUGAAAGCAAUAAGGCAAUGGAGAAUAAAUGUUAUGAGGUGACCAAACGCUCGGCACCUCAUUCAGCAACGAUUGGUCGUAGAAAUGAAUUGAGUGUAACGGUAUUUUUUUUUAGUGUCAUUCAAUUCCUGUAUCGAGUGCUUCUAACUUUCAUUCUUACUACAUAG